UGUCUUUUCAAUGAGAGCUGUCGUUAUUUUAAAAUUCUAUUAACUAUUAGGUCAUCAGUGACUAUAUGUUAGUAUAACAAAUAAAGAAUAUUCGCAAUCAGUUGGUUGUGUUUAAAAAUAACGUUUUAGGAACUAUAAUAUUGAGCAAUGACAGAAAAUAAUGAUAAUGCCAUACCAAAUUUUUCAAAACGAUCGAUCAAAAAUUCAAUAGAGUUGGCGUUAUUUCUCAACACGGCUACAAUGUAUAUAUCAGCAUCUGCUUUCACCGCCAUAGUUUUAUACAGAUCCUGUAUAUAUAAUUUAAAUCAUACCGUAGAUGAAUGCGAACUAUUUCUAUCUCCAGUCAAAACAAAUCACACAAGCAAUUUAGAGACCGAUGUUCAAAAGUACUAUACCUAUAUAUCGACUACUAAAUUAGUUUUGGACAACAUCUGUCCCGCGAUUAUGUCCGUAUUUGUAGGUGUGUGGUCCGAUACCUACGGAAGAAAACCGUUGCUAGUUUGGCCAUUGUUUGGUGCUUCAAUAUCCGGAAUAUUUCUGGUAAUUUUCGAAAUGGUCAAUAGCCUCAACCCAUGGUGGCUACUUUUGACUUCCAUCCCGUUUUCAUUAUCCGGAGGCAAUGUUGUAUUAUUCACGGGUGCCUACUCCUUCAUUAAGGAUACCAGUUCUCCAAGUAGCAGAACGAUAAGAAUGUUGUUAGUUGACGCCUCAUUAUGCCUCGGAACUCUUGUGGGCUCUUUGUCUAGUUCCUACCUAAUAGUACACAUGGGUUAUUCUUACGUACUAAUAUUUACCGCCACAGUAAACGUUAUUACAUAUUUGUUUGUAAAGAUUUGGAUCAUAGAGUCCUUGUCUGGGGCUGAACAGGGCCGAGCGGGAAGUUUGUUUAACUGUUCGCAUCUUAAAGAUAUGUUAAAAGGAUGUUUUAAACAUCGUCCUAACAAAGGAAGAAAUAUUAUCAUACUUAUGGCAAUAAUAAAAUUAGUUCUUAUCACGGUACAAGUCGGGUGGAGUUACUUGGAAUAUUUAUAUUUGAGAAAUAAACUGAAUUGGUCUUUAAGGGUUUACACAACAUAUUCAGCUGUUAGCACAAUAACAGCUUUUUUUGGAGCAUUUCUUGGUGUCAUGGUAAUUGAGAGACUACUGCGGAUUGGAGAUAUAACAUUUGUGAUGAUUGCAUUAACGACGGCAAUUAUAGAUUACAUGAUAAAAGCGUUUGCAACGCAAUGGUGGCAAAUAUAUUUGAGCAUAUUUGUGUCACCAUUCAAAGGACUUCCGUUACCAUUAAUAAAUUCAUAUGUCAGUAAAUUUUUGCCAGAAGAGGACAUAGCGAAGGUGUUCGCCCUCCUUUGCGCCAUGGAGAGUGUAGCGCAAAUUAUUGCACCUAUUAUUUUUAAUUCCCUAUACUCCUCUACAUUAUCUGUAUUCCCUGGCGCCAUCUACAUUCUAAGCGCAGUUAUGAAUGUCAUCUGCUUGGUUAUGUUACUACAGGUGCUGUACUAUUCAAAGAAGAACGUCGUAGAUGUGAACAUGUGAAGGGAGCUUCCAGUAUUUUACAUUCACACGUGGUCUGUGUUGAAUUGUCAACAUAACUCUGAGUUGGGACAGUCGGUCUGUUUGCAAGGAAAAUUCAGACGAAAAAUAUAUUAUAUUCAUAAAAA